AUGUCAUCAUUUGCGCACUUGAUCGAUGGUGAUCGGACGUGGGACUCAAAUCCAGCGCGACCGUUUCAGCAAUUCGGUCCGCCUCUUGGAGAGGCGUCUGACCCUCACAGCCAUGUAACUUCCGCCUCUACCGCACAGGAUUGGGCUGAUACCUCAGGCAAGAGACCAUUCGCCAAUAUUGUACAUCCUGAAAAUUUGGAUGGGCCUAAGCAUCCGUUCGAUUCAUCGCUUGGAUCCCAGGGGUCCUUCAAUGACAAUGACAGUGGGAAUGAGGAAGAUGCCGAUGAUAAGCGCGACUCAAAAAGGCCACGCAUGGCCAUUUCUUGUUCGGAAUGCAGACGGCGAAAAAUAAAGUGCGAUCGCAAUGUUCCCUGCAUGGCCUGCGUGAAGAGAGGUGUGCCUGGCUCGUGUAGAUGGGAAAACGCGAAAGUCGAGCCGUCACCACAACCAUUCGCUUUAAAAACUCAAGUCGAUGAACUACAAAAACGUCUCGAUACUCUCCAGGAGACGCUGCUAGUACUGCCUGCGCAGAUUGCCAAAGCAGUCACUAACGCUCAGCAACCUUCUAUCAAAUUAUCACCGUCGAAAAGCCAAGAGGAAAAUGCAGCAAAUGUGCCCCGAGAAUCAGCAUCGACUACUGCAGAAGCCAACGCUGUCACUGCACCAGACUCACGAACUUCGAGUUCCAAUUCAAAUCCAACUUCAAAUGCUCACUCCAAUGGGGCUGCUUCUAAGGGUGUGACUGAUUUUUAUGACGAUGCAGCUGAGAAUGCAGCCGUGGUUCUGGAGAGUAUUGCCUUCAACCCUCAAGCAAAUGAGCCUGGAUCCACAUCUGGGUCGAUGACCUCUCAUGAAUACUGGAGAGGCAACAUGCUUACCCCUGCCUCUGGGGCAGCAUUGGCCGGGACCGCCAAAGAUGAUCCACGUCGCAAACAUGAUCAGAAUCAGCAGCAGAGCCAUGAAUAUACGACGGCCCUCACUAGUGUGAUGGCACCUCCGUGGGACGUUGCACUCGAUCGAUAUAACCCUUUGUUGAUGCAACAACGAGGUUUUGAGGACGACAAUCCACAGGCCCUCCUCAAGAACAGGUUUGAUGCUAUGAACAGUAUUCUCGAACACCUUCCAACCCUACGACAAAGCUAUUAUCUAGCUGAACAGUACAAUAACAUCCUUCAUUGGCGGUCUCGCAUUUUACAUUGGCCUUCUUUCCAGGCAGAGAUGAAUUACUUUUGGGAGACAAUGGCACAACAACGCCAUAAUGAGCUUGAUCCACUAUGGUUGUCUGUCUUCUUCAUGGUAAUGGCGCUAGCACUUGACAAUCGGUCAACGGCCCCAACGGCCCCAGGCCAUCCAUUCCAUGGAUAUACGCAUCAGAGGCUAUCUGAGCUCAUUAGCCAAUACCAUGCUGUGAGCAUGAAGGCACUCUACCUUGGCGAUGCAAUGUCCACACCUCGAGUGAGGACGGUGCAGAUAGUUAUUCUAUUUAACCAGUUUUUCCAGCUUUCAAGCGCCUGGAGAAAAGCAGAUACGAUGCUCAAUUGGAACGCUUUGGCCAUUCGCACGGCUCAACUGUUGGGCUUACACAGGCUAGGAAACAACCCAGAGACAAUGCCACCUGAUGACCCAGCCUGGCCCCCUGGCAAGAACGCUGUCAAACGCCACAUGGGACUCCGAAUCUGGAUGAUGCUGCAAUGGGCUGAUUGGAUGUCCGCAUCAGCACGUUUUCGCUGCUACACCAUUCACCUCGAUCAGUGUACAUCACAACGUGUCGAUAAUGUCAAUGAUUGGGAAUUAUCACCCACAGAAUGGCAGUAUACACCUCGACCUGCGCAUGUCGUCACAGCCAGCUCCUUUGAGGUAUAUAAGUGGAAUAUUGCAAAUAUGCUGCGUUUGACAUUUGACAAGCUUAUCACCUACGCUGAUAAAUUCUCAUAUUCUACUGAUCUCUUCUGGUCCAUCGACAAAGAUUUUCUCAAUGUUCGGCGAGAUCAGCAAUACCCCACUGCGAAGGAUCGUCGAGUCUGCAUUCCGCAUCAUCAGGUAGGAGCCUCCAUUUCAAAACGCUUCUUCUUAUCUAACCUUGUCCCGCUUCGCCACAGCGAUCUUAUAUCUGAGAGCCAAUCCCGCCGAUCAGCCAAGGCUCGCACUUUCAACCUAGGUCAUCAGCAACAACCAAUCCCCAAACCCGCUCCCUUCUCCGAAGUACUCCGCCGCAUCUCCCGCAACAUGACCCUCGGCACACGCAACACCAGAAUUGACGAGCCAGUAUCCACACCCACGUCGUCUACACACUUCACAGCUCCGUCUUCGACUUCAGGCUCAUAUAAUCAACACAAUUUCUCAAAUGACAGUCCGAUUAACGGGCAUGAACAACCGGUGCCGCAGGAGUAUCUCGGUGCUGGCUUUUACUCGGCCCUCGGCAUGCAGAUGCAGGACGACACCCAUCCGAAUUAUGCUAAUACACUCUGGAAUCUGAACACUUCGCCUGCUGAUAGCCAGUCUGAUCUUUCGUUCCUCAAUGUGUACCCGGGUGCUGGGCCGGACAUGCCAGAUCAAUAUGGCCUUUGGCAAUUCUUUGUUGGGCAAGAUCUUAUGUGA